AUGGCAAGCAGCUUCGCGCCGUACCAGGAUGCGCCUGAGAUUGAACGAGCACGAUCUCCUCCAGUCAAGAGCCCUCGAACCUCCCUCGACUAUUCUCGAGCGCGAUCACCUCCUCUACGACCCUCACGCGUAUCUCGCAACAUAUCAGAAAUUGCUUCGCAGCCACUUCCAGCUCCUGACACGUUCCUGAACAAUGAAGACUAUACACAACCACACGAGCAGCGUGAGCGCAAUCUUGAGGCAUUCCAGUCUAGUCUACCCAUGCGUCUAGACUACGAGGCUAUGACUGCAUAUCUACUGCUUCCACCUGUUGGCGGUGUCCUCCUGCUCAUUCUCGAGCACAAGUCAGACUACGUGAGAUUUCAUGCUUUUCAGUCAAGCUUGCUAUUCAGCGUAAUCUUCAUCCUCCAUCUUAUGCUUUCCUGGUCUUCAGUUCUGUCAUGGAUGCUUUUCGUUGCAGACUUAGUCUUGAUUGCUUUUCUGGCUCAGCAUGCAUACAGAGAUGUCGAUACUUUGGAGCACUAUGAAGUUCCUGUCUUUGGCAGAAUCGCCAAUCGCUUCGUUGACGACGAAUGA